AUGGCCGACCUAGGGAAGAAGUACUGCGUGAACUGCCUUGCAGAUGUUACGAAUUUGCGGAUUCGUUGUGCCGAAUGCCAAGAUAUUGAACUUUGUCCGGAGUGCUUCUCCGCGGGUGCCGAAAUCGGCAAUCACAGACGAUGGCAUGGCUAUCAGCAAGUUGACGGCGGGCGAUUCUCGCUCUGGGGUCCCGAGGCAGAGGGAGGAUGGACUAGCAGGGAAGAGCAGUCGCUGCUCGAUGCCAUCGAGCAAUAUGGAUUUGGUAACUGGGAGGAUAUGGCAGCCCAUGUGGGUGCAUCACGCACCCCUCAGGAGGUCAUGGACCAUUACGUGAGCAUGUAUAUCCAUGGGAAUCUGGGUAAAGCCUGCAUCCCUGACAGCAUCCCCAACCGCGUGACCGACCACACUUGUCCCAGCGGAGGUCCGCUGUCUCCUAGUUUGACUACCCCGUUACCCCCACUAGACAUAUCUGUUGCGGAGCAGCAGCAGCUUGGAUAUAUGCCACUUCGUGACGACUACGAGAUCGAAUAUGACCAAGAGGCAGAGAAACUAAUCAGUGGCCUGUCUGUAAACUACGAUGAUGAAGAUAUCGAGAUCGAGAUGAAACGAGCCCAUGUGGACAUGUACGUGCGUAAGCUGCGUGAGCGUCAGCGACGCAAAAACAUCGCUCGUGAUUACAAUUUAGUACCAGCCUUUCUGGGACGGGACAAAAAGGAUAAAGAGCGAGAACGACCAAGUGGGACAGGAGGGGUUGGGAGCGUAGGUGGAGCUGUAGGAUUGGGAAGUGGUACCACUAUCAUUCCGACAGGGGCGCUGGGCUCCUCUGCAGCAGCAACCCCGAAACGCAAAAUUACGAAGGAAGAGAAAGAACAACGGACGAAACUACGCGCCCUAUGCCAGUUCAUGCCACAACGCGAGUUUGAGGAAUUCUUUGAUAACAUGCACAAAGAGCGCAUGCUGCGGGCGAAAGUCAGAGAGCUUCAGCGGUAUCGCCGGAACGGCAUUACGAGACUCGACGAGUCGGCCGAAUACGAGGCGGCACGCCACAAAAGGGAAAAACGGAAAGAGAACAAAAGUAUUGCUGGGUCAAAGAGAGGUAGCAGUGGCGGAGGAGGAGUGACCGGGCUUGGAGGAGGAGUUGGAGCAGGUGGUGGGCUUGGCGGAGGUGGAGGAGUCAGUGCCAUCAAAGAGGAGGGGAAGGACAGUGAGUUUUCAGCCAUCGAAAACCUGUCUGGUUUUGAGCUGCUGUCCGAUCGGGAGAAGGUACUCUGCAACUCUAUGAACCUCAGUCCUACACGCUAUCUGACUGUCAAAACUAUUAUCAUCAAAGACCAUUUACAGAAAAGGCAGGGCAUUCCUUCGAAAAGCCGCCUACCCAGCUAUCUGGACAAGGUGCUGAAAAAACGGAUUCUGAAUUUCCUGUCGGAAAGCGGUUGGAUAUCCCGAGAAGCCUCGUAAUGACACUGUCCAAAGAUUUGGCUGUAAGAAUAAUGACUGUAAAUAUAUUUUUCUACUGUUUUAUAUUGCAUCUCAGACAAGCCUGCGAGAACUAAAUGACUGUAGGUGCCACACUACUGGAUGUGGACCUUCAGUCAGUUUAAUAUGUUUGUCUUCGAUCUCAGAUCUCCUCAUAGGAACAUAAACAUGGUUAGACUACAUAAUCAGUAUCCAUAGGGAGCUUUCCAUCAAGUGUUCCUGUGUAAUACAUCAAAAUAUACCACAAAAACCCAUUGUCCCAUGUUAAAAUGCCUCUUGAAUGUGAUUUUGAGUGGUGUUGAAUGUUCCCUGCCAGUAGAGUAUAAACAGAAUGUUUAAUAUUGUACAAAGCAGAUUUUUAAAAUUGGUUCUGAGUUUCUUCUUCUGUAAUAAGAAGGAAAUGAGCUCAGAUCCUUGUUCUGCUUGCCAAAAGUCUAAAGUUCCUGUGUUCCAACCUGUAUUUGCCUGUUUCGGAUAUAUUUUGUUGUGUCAGUUGUGGGAAUGUGAGUCAUAUGAAGCAUGCUCCAUACUAUCUAUAUGUUUUAUUAUAAUUUUUUUUUUUUUUUGGAGUUGACCUUUGUGAGGUUAUGUUACUAUUGAGCAUGUUUCAGAGGCCCUAAUCACCAAUGGAAAACAUUUACCACAAUGCUCCUGUUUCAAGAGGGUAUUAUUCUUAUAUUUUGGGUAAAUACAGCAUCAAAGGUUCUCAUCUCAACAUGUACACGAUUUAUAAGCUGAGACUGUAUGUUACAACUAAAUACUACAGUUUUAAUUUUCAAAUGCCUUGACGAAAUCUUCACGCAGUACCAAAUCUUAGAUUACAACUGAGACGAACAUAUUUUUCCAUGAUUUUUAAUGUUAUUGUUGACUGCUUGUCUACCCCAAAGCUGUAGAAAACUAAAAAGCACUGUUCACAGAGGCCGACGCAGAGGUUUCAAAUUUUUACAUAGUUUUGAAAUGUUUAAUAUAUGAAGAGUCAAAUAGAAUAGAUAAGUGCAGCAUAACUUUUAGCCAUUUUUUUUAAAUGUAUAUGAUAUUGGAAAUAACUGUGUUUAGUGUAAAUCUCUUGUAAAGGCCAAGAUGCUCCUCAUCUGUCAUUUUUGCCCCAGACAUUGGUACAUAUAAAGUCCCAUAAACAGUCAUUCAUAGUUGAGAAUGCUUAUGUUGUGUGCCUUGAAGCAUAUUUGCCCUGGCUGAUGCUUUUUAUUCCAUUUCCUUGUAAUUAAUAUUAUAUUUUAAUAUUCAGUUGUACCGCAUCAAAAAUGUACAAAGGUUAAAGUUUAUUUUAGGUGUCUGCUUGAUUUUCACAUGUGACGUAACUAUCCCGCACAAUUGUAUUUGUUGUGACUAAAGCCAUUUAAAGAUGUGCACAGUUGUGCUUGGAGGGAAACUCAUCCAAGACAUAUGUAGGAUAUUGGCUGUGAGCGUCUGAUAAAUGAUGAAUGUAGUUAUGAAGACACUGUGUUAUAUCUCAUGAAACUAGGACUAAGGAAACUGUGGGGCAAAUGCAGAGUGGUUUCUAUUUUUCAUGGUGUUCUGUCACUGCCUUUUUGUUUAAUUUGUAUAGAGGUGCUUACAUUUUUAGAAAGGGUUCAUCUUCAGGUUGUGCUUCAUGGUUAUAGGAUCACUGGUUAAAGUACCCAAGACAUUCUUCAAGACUAGUUGAGUCAUGCUCAUCAACAUUUAAUUGUUGAGUUUAUUAUUUAAGGUUUAAUAUUUCCUCUUUAGCCACUCAAUAUGCUGUCUCAGAGAGUAUAAUUAUUUUUCUAAAGUAAAAACCAAUUGUAAAGAAAAUGUGAGCAGGGAUAUGAGACUGAAAAUGACAUCAGAGAAAGACACUAUUGUAAGUACAUUUUUAUAAUUUUUUAAAGACAAUGUGACAUUUAAAAAUGAUGAAAAGUUGUUUUUUUUUUUGCUUAGUGGUGACAUGAAUGUUUUCUGGUAAAAUAGUCAAUUUGGGAAGGAUCAUAUUUGUCAAAAUGUUAAGUAUGUGGAAAGUAUUUUAUUGCAUAUGUCAUGCUAUUUCCUACUUUGUAUUAAAGUGCUGAAAUAUAACCUUUUGUCUAUUAUUGUUAGGAAAAAGAAAGGUUCCCUUGCCUGUAACUGUAAAUAAAUGUUCAUAUCAGAAAGCGUUAUCUAAAUAG